AUGGCAAAUUUCGCUUGUAUCAUAGUUUAUAUGGCAUCAGUGGCAAAAGAAGUCGGCAAUAAGCAAUAUGCGUCGUCCAGAAUGGAUGAUCCUCUCUUUCACUAUUCAUAUGGUUAUUCAUUCAUCAUGCUCAAGAUCUCAUUUCUUGGCAAUGAAACUGCAGCUCUCCUCUCUGUUCUAGUUUUUAUGGCCAAACGUGAUGCAUUUACAUAUAAUCAAUUUCGUAUCAGAGCAUUUGUUAAAAAAUAUGAUAUCGUUGCCGUCGACAUGUACCAUAAACGCACACGAUUUCGAUCGGCUGAAAGAAGAAGAAGCACUUUUGUUUUGGACCAACCAAAAAAACCACAGUUAUGUUUAACAAAGCUGGAUUCCGAAACUGAUGUGCCGCAUUUUAUUUCAAUGCUUAAGAAACCAUCGCUCAUGCUUUGUCGAGACCAAGAUGAUAGGAAAUCUAUAGAAAGUGCUUUAACACAGCAGAAAAUCAAUAAAGCAUCAAAUUCGACGCUCUGA